CCGAGGCAAUCGGAAAUACAACCCUUGGACAGAAACAUAUGUACACAACACCUAUCUGAAAAGUAUUAAAACAAUAUUUUUGGAAAGUUGUUUUGGCUGGCGUUGAACUGAGCGACAUUGCAAUAGCAGCUGAGGAUAAAGCCAACCACCGGAAUCGGUCGAGAUGGGGAGCAUCGAAAAGGCGUGCAUAUCCGGAUUUCUGUGCCGACUGUGUUCAGAGAUGCACCGCACAGUAAUACAUAUUUAUAGUGAUCAUGGCCAGCGUUUGUGUCUUGUUGAGAAAAUCAACGGUUACCUACCAAUUACAAUAUCUCCGACUGAUCCAUUGCCAAAAACCAUAUGCAAAACAUGUCUACAUCGCGUGGAGCAGCACUACUCGCUGCUGAUGCGGCUGACACGGAUGCGGGAGGAGCGCAAGUUUAAGUUAAUCAAUUACAAAGCAGAAAGAAAUCCCUCGAUAUCCAGCGUGGAAUCGGAUGAGGACGUGAUAAAUUCAGGCCCUGCUCACGAAUUCCCCAAUGAGGAGGAUGAAGCGAGCCGCCGCAGCGGGUCGGCGAGUACCGAAGCCGAAACUGGUCAACAGACCCAGGAAUCCCAAUCCCAAACCCAAUCCCCCAAGUCAACAGAGACUGCAGUGCCCACACCAAACAGCAGCGAAAGCCACGAUGCUAGUGGUGCUGGCCCCAGCAAUAGAGACCCAAAAGAGACUGGCACAGGCAACUCGGGCACGGGUAGCGCCACUCAGGAAAGAACCCAUGCAGAUUAAUGACUGCUAACCUCGUCUCUGGUCGGUGGAACUAUAUAUACGAGUACUUGACUAUGUACAUAUAUAUAGACGCGUUUGUGUGUACGUACGUUUAGAUUGGAAUAAAAUAAGCAUUUUAUUUAA